AUGGCCCCGUCCGGCCGCCCCGCCGGAGCGCGCCUGCUGCUCGUGUGCGCUGGCCUGCUGACCACCGCCGCCGGCCUCGGCAACCCGGAGCCCGGCGCGCCCGCAGGGAGCCCCGCGCGCCCGCCGCCCGGGGCCGCGCCGUCCGCCCGCCCGGAGCCCACCACGGAGCCAGCGCACAGUGUCGACCCCAGGGAUGCCUGGAUGCUCUUUGUCAGGCAGAGUGACAAGGGUAUCAAUGGUAAGAGGAGGAGCAAGGGCAAGGCCAGGAGGCCAAAGCUUGGCCUGCCAGGGCCCCCGGGACCACCUGGCCCCCAGGGCCCCCCAGGGCCCCUCAUCCUACCCGAGACACUGCUGAAGGAGUUCCAGCUGCUGCUGAAAGGCGCAGUGCAGCAGCGUGAGUGCACGAAGCCUGAGCCCUGCAUUCGGUGUUCGGCUGAAACCACGGGCUCAAGCCCCGCCCCGGGCUCCAUUGAGGAUGAGGCAGCGGCCGGGGACAUGCUGGCGCUGCUGGCUGCGCCCCUGGUUCCAGGCCCACUGGCUAGGCGUGUGGAGGCGGCCUUCCUCUGUCGCCUGCGCAGGGACGCACCUGUGGAGCGCCGCACACUGCACGAGCUCGGCAUCUACUACGUGCCUGACUCCGAGGGUGCCUUCCGCCGCGGCCUGGGCCUGAACCUGACCAGCGGCCAAUACACAGCGCCUGUGGCUGGCUUCUACCUUCUGGCUGCCACGCUGCACGUGGCACUCGCCGAGCAGCCAAGGCACGGGCCUCUGCGCCCCGGGGACCGCUUGCGCCUGCUCAUCUGCAUCCAGUCUCGCUGCCAGCACAACGUCUCCCUGGAGGCUGUCGUGGGCCUGGAGAGCAGCAGUGAGCUUCUCACCAUCUCAGUGAACGGGGUCCUGUAUCUGCAGAUGGGGCAGUAUGCUUCUGUCUUCCUGGACAACGCCAGCGGCUCCUCCCUCACGGUGCGGGGUGGCUCCCACUUCAGUGCUGUCCUCCUGGGUGUGUGAAUGGCCACAGGCCCUGCUCUCACCAGGCAACAUCUAGACAAUUGGAAGGACAGCCACCCAGGUAAAAGGAAGCCCACCUGGAACUCUGCCCACACUGGUCACUGCAGUUGGGCCCAGAGCUGGCCACUACAGGUGGCCCUACAGAGGUGACACACACCAGUGGUUCCAGGACCAGCAGUGAUGUUUUGAAAGUGGAAGAUCCCUCUGGGCUUCACCUUGGAACCGUCCAGCAUGCCCAGUGGCACUGUGUCCUCGGCUGCGAGCUAGCUCCCACAUGGCCCCACACAGCUCAGCUUUCCUGGGGCCCAUCUUUUUUGGCCUUCUCAUGGGCUACAGAGAGCCCUCUGCACAGGGCUGAUGGGCACCACCGAGAAGUCAACCACACGUCCUCACUGCAUACUGGGGAGCCAGGCUGUCUGGGGCAGCGGCCUUGCCCACCACUCACCUGCUGACUUGGGCUUCCAAGCCUCUGUGCCUCUCCCCAGCCUUGCUUCUACCUGCCGUGAGCUUCAGGGACCUGCUUGGCCCCCAGUGACCACUGAACUCAAGACCUGAUGUGGACUCUUGGCACAACUGCUUCAGGAACCAGAGGACGGCUGGACAGGGAAUUCCUUCUGGAGGACAGCAGCUCCCAGAGGCCUGGCUCCCAGCAGCUGUUUCCCUGCCAUGUGUGCCAAGCUCAACUCCCAAGUCCUCCUCGCAGGUGCCUCGGCAAAUGAAACCACACUCCCCCCAGUGACCCUUCAGACAAGGCCUCCUGGGCCCACUCCAGAGGCCAGCUGGUCAAUAAGACCCUUUCCCAUCCCCUACCAGUUGACAGAUGGGAGACAGCCUGCCAGCCCAGGCAGCCAAAGCAAUGGUACAGGUGAACUGACCACUAUGGGCCCCAUGGGCAGGCCUGGUCUGAUUCUCGGUAGGACUUGUAUCCACCCUACCAAGAAGCACCAGGCUGGCCUGGGUCCCAACUCCCGUGUACUUUGAUAAGGGGGUGAUGUGGCCACACCCAUCCUGGAUUUCAGUUUGUUAACACAGUUAUCUUUUCCCUUGAAAGAGCUGCACACGCACAUAUUUGCCCAAUGUAAGCAUGUUACAUAGUAUAAUGUUGCCAGGAAGGAGAUAUUUAUAUAACUGACAUGUGUUACUGUGUGAUGUGACCACACAAAGCUAUUUUAAAAAAAGGGGGUGGAUCUGAGAGUCAGAAUCUUGACCCUUUAGCCCUAACCACCAGGAGCGCUGAACACCAAGGAGAUGCAGGUAGUCCCCAGCUGCAGGGUGGGAGGGGACUCCCCCUGCAUGGGCAGGGGGGACCUUGCCAAGGAUGCCAGGGCCAAGCCUCACCCAGAAGGGAAUGGGCACUUAAGAGAGACACAAACCACAGCCUUCAAGACACAGAAUGACACCUGGUUCGCUGUAGGAAGACAUCUACCAAAUAAACUGACAGACUCGAAGGAGUCUGUUCUGUUCUGGAGU